AUGGGAGUGACAGCUGGCCCUACCCGCACCUCCCUGCUCACCCGACUCCGGCCGCGGACGCCCCCAAUCGCCAGCUGUGCCAGAGAACCGCGAGGGGUGGCAGGGGAGCACCGGGCGUCCAGAGCCCCGGCCGCAGGCCGCUGGGCGCCGCGCCGGAGGGGACUAGGAGGGAAAGCUCCGCAAGGGGCCCGGCCCGGCCGGGCCGAGCCGAGCCGAGCCGAGCAGGGAGGGCGGGCCAGGCGGGCCAGGCCGGGCUGGGGGGUCACUCACCGGGCUGGGCCGGGCGGCUCCCUCUCCGCCUCCGCGUCGUCGCCGUCCCCGUCCUCGGCCGCCGCCGCCUCGGGCUGCUCGCUGGGUCCCCGCGGCGCGGCUCGGGCGCUCGGCCCCUCCGUUGUCUUCCGCCUGCUCCUGCUCCCGGCGACCGACUCCCGCGGCGGCGGCGGUAGCUGCGCGGGCGGACGGCGGCCCAGGGGCUCCCGCGGCGGCCGCUGCACUGCUGCGCUCACUCGCUUGGGCUGCGGCUGCGGCUGCUGCUGCGGGACCAGGCGCCGCCUUCGCCUUCGCCGGCUGCUGGAGGAUCAGUCUCUCCCAGGCCUCGCCGCUCCCCGCUCCCGGCCCGAGCCCGGCUUUGACGUACGCACUGCGCAGCCGCGGAGGGCACGACGUCGGGCGGUGCCGCAACGCCCCCUGCGGCCUCGGGCGCGCCCCAGCGGCCGGGCGGACUCGCGACAGCGGAGUCCGCGCCUAGGCCGAAGCAGGAGGGGACGCAAAGAAAAAGCAGCAGCCGGAGCACCGGAAGAAUGGAAGUGCCAAUGUGAACAAUUUAGUAGCAAGGAAAAAUUCAAUAAUGAAGGUGAAUUUUGCCUGUCGCAGCUCCAGGGAGGACCCCCGCUUUGGUGGCGGCCAGUGCAUCACCCCUGAUUGUCCUCCUGAGGCAAAACCACAUGCACCCUGAGGCUUUGUUCAGCCCCCCGUGACUUAACCCUGUGGGCAUCCACCUUUCAACAGCUCAAGACAUGAGUGAACUGAGAGAAGGACAUGUGGCCCCAGAUACCUUGGGUCCUGGUGGAGUUGUGAAAGGGGGACAGGAAGAAAUCAGUCUGACAUCUUCCUGAGCUCGGCCAGGCAUAGACACACUCCCAAAACAGGAAAUGCUAUUGUGACAUCUGAGGUCCCAGCCCAGAAAGGUGCCGGGCAGAGCACAGGUGUCACUUAGGUCUGGGGAGCUGUCUAAGUGGCUACUAUGAAGGUCAAGGGUGAGCCUGAAAGUUAGAAAUGCCAGGGGCCAGCUCUAUAAGCUGGGGUGGGGGGCGGGGAGAGGGGAGGCCCCAAAGAGAGAAAGUCCA